GACUCGUCGUUUUGUCGAAGCAAGCCGAAUCAGCGCUCCUAUUGAGUACCAUUAGCCUUCUGGAAACGUACGAAGUGCAUAAAAUAAGCAAUUUUAUAACUCAAUUAGAAAAUUUGACUCAGGACAGUAUUAUCGAAGAUGGAAUUCUCGUGAGGAAUAUCAUGGCUAGCGUUACGAAACUUCUAAGCUUGAAAGAUUCUGCCGACAAAGCGGAAUCAUCAUCAGAUAUGCACAGAUUGUUGAAAAUUGUACAACGCAUACCUGAAAGAGUCUUAUUCACGUCAGCAACCUUUAAAUCAGUGCAGCCUGCGUUUGCUGUGCUCGCGAUAAAAUUAGAAGAAUUCAACUCGGGGUACAUUCAAAUGACAGUUGGAACAGAGUCUUCACAUCAGUUGAAUGAAAGCAAGACGAACGUGCAAGGAAUAGAGGAGAACAAAGCGAGUGAUUUAAAUACAAUGUCAAUUUCGUUGGCAUCGAUGGAAGUGUUGUUUGGUAGCAGAGAAAAAGUUAUUGGAAAAAGGCUUGCUUUUUCGGUCUUUCAAAAGGAUGACUUUUUAAAUCAUGUUCAGUAA